AGUCUAGCAAGUUGAUCUGCCAUUUGCCAAACGCCCAAGGAAUCUAGCACGUUCGACAUCCAAACAAAACGGCAUCGUGUCUUAGUUUCACGAGAAAUUCAAAAACAUAGCUCAUUUUCUCAGGUACCGUAAAUGGCGACUGCUAGAAUUGUACAUGGAAUUUCACCAUUCUCCCGAUUCCUCCACCUCCACCUCCACCUCCGUCGUCGUACUUUAACCUCCGCAGUACGGCCUUAUUUCGCCGCCACAUCGCCGCCUUCUACCGCCGUUAUAUACGAUCAACACGGCUCUCCUGAUGUUGUCACUAGGUCAAAAUGUAGAAGUUUGAAUCCCGAAUAUCCAGCUGUGCCACACAAAUUGGAAUGGAGGGAAGUGACAGAGCUUCCACCAGUGGAAAUUAAAGACAAUGAUGUGUGCGUUAGAAUGCUUGCGGCUCCGAUCAAUCCUUCUGAUAUUAAUAGAAUUGAAGGAGUGUAUCCUGUCCGGCCACCAAUACCUGCAGUUGGGGGAUAUGAAGGGGUUGGAGAAGUACACACCAUUGGCUCUGCAGUUAAGGGUCUUUCCCCUGGAGAUUGGGUUAUCCCUUCUCCACCUUCUUCAGGGACAUGGCAGACCUACGUCGUGAAAGAGCAAACUAUGUGGCAGAAAGUUGAGAAAAGCACCCCGAUGGAGUAUGCUGCGACUAUUAUUGUCAAUCCUUUGACUGCCUUGAGAAUGCUUGAGGACUUUGUUGCAUUAAAAUCAGGGGACACUAUUGUGCAAAACGGUGCUACCAGCAUAGUGGGGCAAUGUGUUAUUCAACUAGCUCGACUUCGUGGGAUUCAUAGCAUCAAUAUCAUUAGAGACAGGGUAGGAUCAGAUGAAGCAAAAGAAAAUCUCAAGCAACUAGGUGCUGAUGAAGUUUAUACUGAAAGCCAACUGGACGUGAAGAAUGUCAGAGGUCUCCUGGGCAAUAUACCUGAACCAAUUUUGGGUUUUAACUGCGUUGGUGGCAAUGCUGCUUCAUUGAUUCUAAAAUUCCUGAAGCAAGGUGGCACUAUGGUGACAUAUGGGGGGAUGUCAAAGAAACCGAUAACUGUAUCUACUUCGUCCUUUAUAUUCAAGGAGCAUACCUUGAAAGGAUUCUGGCUACAGAGGUGGAUGAGUUCAGACAAAACUGAAGAACGCCAAUCCAUGAUAGAUUAUCUUUUGGGCCUAUGUCGAGAUGGGAAAUUGAAAUACGAGUUGGAGAUGGCACCAUUUGAUGAUUUUCAUACUGCUCUUGAAAAGGCUAUGGGAAAGAGAGGAAGGCAACCAAAACAAGUUCUUAAAUUCUGAUGGCACCAUUUGAUGAUUUUCAUGCUGCUCUUGAAAAGGCUAUGGGAAAGAGAGGAAGGCAACCAAAACAAGUUCUUAAAUUCUUAGUCAUCGGUACUUAGCUUUGAUCUAAAACUAGUGCUAGUAUGAAAAUUACUCUAAUUUGAGUGAUGCAAUCAUAACUGUACUGUAUAAUCAUAUAUAGUUAUUCGCUUGGAAAAUCACGUCAUCGCAGAUAGGUCGUAUAGGCAGAGUUACCUUUGUUACUGCGGACCUUUUUUUGUGAAAUCGAGUUGAGGUCCGCUGGCAUGGGGGAAUCUAUUGAACGCUAUGUAAGAAAUUGAAGUAGCAAUUGGGGAAAUUUUUCUGAUAAUCUUUUUAUUGA